AUGAUUCUGGUCACUCUGUCCGGUGGUUGGCACUUCGCCAGGACCCAUUCUUCUGGGUUUGUCACCGGAAAUCUGUUGGUGACGAUUGCGAUCCGAUCCGAAUGGGUGAUGCGAUUACUGUAUUGGUUUUCUAUCAAGUUGUUCAGGAUAUGGACCCCCUUGAAGUUCCGAGUGAUAGUCGUAGCCAUCCUGUACCACAUCGGCAAGUCUUAUCACUUGGCGGGUUGCAUAGUGGAUGCGGCAUCGGUGCAAUGA